AUGAAUGCUUCCAGCGCCCGCCAGCAGCAGCCGUGGCACCCAAGAGAUGCGAGACGCUCCAGGAAUGAUUUAGAGGCGGAUAUAAAGUCCCUCAACGACGACAUCGGCGGCAAGGGUAAGAACCACUUCCACCAACAGCGCCUAGGUAUUAUGGAGUUUCGCCUCCGGUUCCCGGAAUACAAAGAAGCCAGCCGCGACAACGUGCCGGAAGGCGACCGGGAUCAUGCCGAACAGGCACGGAACCCGGAGCUGCAGAUCUUGGCAUAUCGCCAAGUAGAAGACAUGGCCGAGAAGCAGGCGACCAAGCUUCGAGAGAGCCGAACCGGGCUAUCGGCUAUCCUCUUCUCGCUCUUCACAAGCUCGCUAUAA